UUAAAAAAAUAAUUUAUUUUUCAACCUCAUCAUUCCACUUGCUUUGGGUAUAUGAUAUAUCAUUUUAUUUAUUUAAUAAAAAUUAAUUAAAUUAAAAAAUGAUUAAUUUGCCACCCUCGUCGUUAAUUCGCAAUCCCUCGACGGUGGCGGCUUCCAGGUGUUGUAGCGACGAGGAGAGGGAGUGGAAGAGGCCCUGCGCCCGCCCUUCCACCGCGCAGCCGAUUUCGGAAGGGUUUGAGUCCGGGACCCACGAGAAUCGCGUCAGGUGGGCGGCGUACCCGUCUGGGGGAAGCAUGUGGAGACGUGGAGAGUGGAUGACGAUGACGGUGGUACUGGUGGAGACGGCAAUCGCGGCGGAUUGGAGAGGAAGAGUUGCGCCGUCGUCAAAAUCGCAUCAAUCAUGGACGGAAUCUGGAGGUGGAAAUCGAUCUGAUUAUCAUGAUGAUGAUUAUUCGCGUUAUCCUUGGAAGAAGAAUCUCCGCCGCCGCCGUAUCAGCCGUUGGUUGAGGGAUGGUGGUGGUCUAGCAAGUGGACAGAGGCGAGGACAGGCGGUCCGCUUGUGAGAGCGAAAUUGAUCGGUCUUGGUAUUGUUCUUUCUUUACUGGUUCCUUAUUGACACACUAAAACACAACACCUAACAAUGGCCAAGUGUAACCAAUGAAAGGGACUGCAGUAUAGUGGUUCAAGUAAUAAAUAUCAAAUCCACGGGUCUCUAGAGGUACUAUUACUCAGCUUCAGUUCAUUAUCUAGCAAACCAGAUUAAGAUAGAAGAACUAAAACUACUCUAACAAACUACAGUUAAAGUU